AGGCAUGUUCAGCCAGUGAUACGCAGCAGGGUGGGAAGGACUUUUUGCUAUAAAAUAAGAACAUAGAGCGGGGCUGAGUUGAGCCUGUUGACACAAACCCUACUUUCUUUCACAAUGUGAAGCCUGAAAGUGCAGCAUUUUUAGAUUGUGCAAAGACUUUUUUUGUAGCAAGAUUUGUGGAUUUGCAGACUUUGAAGACAUGGAGUUCUGUGCAAGCAGGUGCUUGAGAGGAAUCUGGCUUCUGAUGCAUCUGACAGCAUGCAUGGCCGGUAUGACAGGGAGAUGUAGUCUGUUUGGACGGCACCACAUUCAUACCUUCGAUGGGGUUUUGUAUGAGUUUCCCGGGGAUUGCAGCUACCUGCUGGCUGGAGACUGCCACCGUCGUUCCUUCACACUGCUGGGGGAUUUUGUUGGUGGCAAAAGAACUGGAGUCACCCUAUUUCUCGGGGACGUCUUUGAGCUGCAUCUGUCUGUAGAUGGGCUGCUAUCACAGGGAGAAACAAGACUUUCUCUGCCGUAUGCAUCUCAUGCUGUUUUUGCGGGCAUGGAGCUAGGCUUCUAUAAACUGUGGAGCGAGGAGUUCGGCUUCACUGUGACCAUUGACAACGCGGCCAACAUGGCUCUGACGCUCACCAAACACCACGCCAACCUCACCUGCGGUCUCUGUGGCAACUUCAACUCUGUGCCAGCUGAUGAAUACACCGCUCAAGAAGGAUUCCUUACAGAAGACAGUUAUGACUUUGCAAAUUCAUGGGCAGUGAAGGGUGCAGGUCAAGCCUGCCGACGUGUUUCGACUCGCAGUCAGUCCUGCAACAGCUCAAAAGACACGUCAGAGAUUCUCUCCAGCUGCAGCGUGUUGCAAACAUCCUCUGUGUUCCUGCACUGUGCCCACUUGGUCUCCCCCGAGGUGUUCCUGUCACUGUGCCAGAAGGAGGUGUGUCACUGUGACCAGGCUGACAGCGAAGACUGCUACUGUCCAAUCCUUCUAGAAUACGCCCGCACGUGUCACACCCACGGGAUGCUUUUACGAGGGUGGCAGCAGGAGAGUCAGUGCUUCCCUAAAUGUCCAGUUGGAAUGCACUACAGUGAAUGCACUAAGUCCUGCUCCACAACCUGUCAUAAUCUCAACAUCCAGGAGGUCUGCAAAGAAGAGUGUGUGGAUGGCUGCACAUGUCCUGUGGGUAAAGUUUUGGAUGGGACCCGCUGUGUGGAAGUGUCUCAGUGUUCAUGUGUGCACAUGGGGCGACACUUCCCUCCAGGAUCCACCAUCUCCCAGGACUGCAACACCUGUGUGUGUCGACACGGCUCAUGGGAAUGCACCAAUGAAGGUUGCCCUGGUGAGUGCCUGGUGGUGGGCCAAUCCCACUUCAAGACCUUUGACAACAAGUUCUUCACCUUCACUGGCCUAUGUCAGUACCUGCUGGCCCAAGACUGUGCAGAGCAGGAGUUUUCUGUCAUUAUUGAAAAUGUUCAGUGUGCAGAUGAUCAGGAUGCUGUGUGCACUCGCUCUGUGACCCUCAGCCUUGAGGACAUGACAGUGAAGUUGAAGCAUGGAGGAGUGGUUUCUGUCAACGGCAUGGACAUCCAGACCCCAAUGCACCAUGGUCGCUUCCAUAUCCAGAGAUCUGUCCAGACGUCUGUGCUUAUAAAGGAUGGAGAUGGCUUUCGUCUUGACUGGGACGGCAGGGGUCGUGUGCUUUUAAAGCUGGGAACACAAUGGGCGGGUCGGACCUGUGGCCUCUGUGGUAACUACAAUGGUAACCAAGGCGACGACUUCUUGUCUGGGUCUGGACUGGUCGAAGCGGCACCUCAAACGUUCGCUCAGUCCUGGAGAAUCAACGCCGACUGCAAGUCCACCCACAAACCCGAAACUGAUCCCUGUGCGAUCAACCCCAAAAGAGUGCGUUUUGCAGAAGAAGGAUGCGCGAUGAUUAAUUCAGAUGUGUUCAGGCCAUGCCACUUCCUGGUCAACCCAGGUCCCUUCCAGCGGUUCUGUCGUUAUGAUGUUUGUUCAUGUGUGGAUGGGGAGGAGUGUCUCUGCUCCGCUCUGGCCUCCUAUUCAGCUGCCUGUGCUGCCAAAGGGGUGCUGCUGUACUGGCGCUCUCCAUCACUCUGUGAAAUGCAGUGCCCCAAAGACAAGGUGUACGAGGUCUGUGGAAGUCUUUGUGAACGCACGUGCCGAUCCCUGUCUGGAGUGGAGGCCGGCUGUGAUGGGGAGAGGGUAUGCGAGGAGGGUUGUUUUUGCCCCGCUGGGAAGUACCUGAGCGACUCUGGAGAAUGUGUGACGGCUGACAAGUGCACCUGCCUGCAUGACGGACAGCUGUACCAGCCCAAUGAUGUCUACGCUGAUCACGACAGCAUCUGCUACUGUGAGAGAGGAUCCAUGCGCUGUAGUGCCACCAAAAUGAGCACUUCAUUGUCUGAUCUCUUCUACGAUGAUGACCCGGUACCAUACAGAGAGCGGCGCUCACCACACUGUGUUCCUCCAAUGAUCCGUGCAAAGUGUGACGCUGGAGAAAAAGGCCUGGAAUGUGCCAGAAAUUGCCGGAAUGUGGACCUUCCCUGUUUCUCCCAGCUCUGCAUCCCUGGUUGCUUCUGUCCACCUGGCACUGUAUACCACCUCAGAGAAUGCAUUGUGCCAGAACAGUGUCCUUGCUACCUUAACAACAAGCCUUAUAGAUCAGGACAAACCAUAUUAGUGGACUGCAAUACUUGUGUAUGUGAAAACAGGAAAUGGAGCUGCACAAACAAGUUUUGUGAUGGCAUAUGUCGCGCCGUGGGGGAGGGGCAUUACAUUACCUUUGAUGGCCUGAAGUACACUUUCCCUGGACUCUGCCAGUAUGUCCUGGUCCAGGAUAUGUGUAAUGGAGAAGAGGGUUCCUUCAGAGUGCUUGUGGAAAAUGAGGCCUGUGGAAUUGUGGGACAUCGCUGUACAAAGUCGGUAUCAGUCUACUACCAUGGUGGAUUAAUUGUUAUGCAAAAUGGAGAGGUGAAGAUGAAAGUACCAGUUCCACAGAGUGCACAGGUCGAGAUUGUCCGAUCGGGUCAGUUUUACAACCUACUGCUGGGGAAACACAUUUCCCUCAGUUGGGACAAAGGAGCUCACCUCCUGGUCCACAUCUCUGCCACAUACAAGAGCCGGGUCUGUGGUCUGUGCGGCAACUUUGAUGGGAACGUCAAUAACGACUUUGUCAGCAGUAACAAUCAGAUGGAGGUUGACUCCUCCCACUUUGGGAACUCCUGGAAGGUUUCUCCUAGCUGUGCUGAUGUAACUCAGGUACCCGCUCCCUGCGGUGACAACAUCGUCAGAAUGGUAACAGUUGAGCAGUCGUGCCAUGUGCUGACUGGUACCCUCUUUAAAGAAUGCAACAGCCAGGUGUCUGUUGAGCCUUACUUGGAAAUGUGUGUCGAGGCAGCGUGCUCCUGUCCAUCAGUUGGCGACUGUGCUUGCUUUUGUGAUGUCAUCGCAGCCUAUGCUCAGGCUUGUUCAGAGAGGGGUGUUUCUGUCAGUUGGAGGUCCAAUGAGCUUUGCCCGAUGAGCUGCGAGGGGCUGAACCCGAAGAGCCCAACGUCAGGGGAGGAAUUAUGCCAGUGGAGGUACAACACUUGUGGCCCUGCCUGUCCCAUCACCUGCCAGCACCCCGAACCCCUCCAGUGUUUUCUCACAUGCGUGGAAGGAUGUCAUGCCUACUGCCCCCCAGGCCAGCUGUUGGAUGAGGUUGCCAUGAGGUGUGUUGAUCCCUCUGAGUGUCAAGUGUGCAUCCAUGAGGGUCAUAAAAUCUCUCACGGCAACAAAGUAAUCAUCAGUCGUCAUGACCCCGCCAGAUGCAAAAUAUGUCACUGUGACAACAACACCCUAGCCUGCAAGGCUUGCAACGCUGCAACCAUUGCUCCACUGACCGUUCCUUCACCCACCAUCACAUCUUUACCCAUGACCACCAUGAUUCCUGAGGAGACGUGCGAUCGAGCCAUGGAUCUGGCUUUCCUAUUGGAUGCCUCUGCAGCGCUGAGUGAAAGUGAAUUUGAGGCCACUAAAAACUUCAUACUAGGAGUGAUUGAACGCUUCCGCAUGGGCUCCGCUCACACUAGAGCCACAGUGCUACUUUACCAAUCUGGUGUCAAAACCUCUGACCUGCAGGUUCAAAAAUGGCUGUUUAAGAAGAUUGUGCAUGAGUUGCACUAUAUAGGAGGAUAUGCAGCUUUCUUGGAUGAGGCCCUUAAAUAUCUGGCUUACAACAUCUAUGAUAAGAACAAACGGGAGCACACUGGUCGUGUUGCCGUCAUCUUGACGGCAAGCACCAGCCCUCGCUCAUUGCGUGCGUACAUUAGGAUGCUGCGAAAGGAAAAAAUCACCACACUAACUGUGGCCCUCGGUCCAGGGGUAAACAUGACACAGAUUAAUGACAUUACAAAGGUCAACCCCGAUAACAGGGCCUAUGUUCUGAGCAGCACAGCUGAGCUGCCCGAUCGUCUUUUAGAAGUCACGGACUACCUCUGCACUUUGGGGUUGGAUCCUAAGACUACACCAGAAAUAUCUAGCACAACCACGACGACCUACCCUCCUCAUCGAGAAGCCAUCCCCACAAAACACCUCUCCACCACUACCACCACACCCUCUAUGCCUCCAAGCAAGGAAGUGACGUUCAUAAUUGAGGGCUCUGAUUCAGUCGGGGAGGCCAACUUCAAAAAGUCUCUCUUGUUCCUGGAGGAUGUUAUCACUCAGAUGGCAGAGAGGGAGGAGUUCAUCCGCAUCACCGUGAUCCAGUACUCAAUAACCGUGACUGUGGAGAUCCGUCGCUGGGAUCUAAGGUAUCAGAGGAUGCUGCUCCUACAAAGACUCAGGCAGAUUCGGUGGCGUGGUGGAAACAAGACGAACACCGGCACCGCUUUGGCAACAUCCUUUCAAGAAACUGCUUCAGUCCCACCUUCAUCACAUGGCCCUACACCUCCCCAGUUGGUCUUCCUCGUGACGGAGAACCCACCCACGGACACCGUUACUCGCCCACCAUCUACAAGCACCCAAAGGCACGUGUAUCCAAUCGGUGUUGGACCUAAAGUGCGAGAGUUUGACUUAUUCCAGAUCAGCUCGCCGCAGAGGCCAAUAAUGGUGGAAGACUACAACCAUCUCACAAGAAUUAUCCACCGUGUUGUCAACAUCACACACAACACAGUCACACCACACUUCCCGACACUGCCACCCGUGGCUCAACCCACACUCCCCAGCGUGUCUCCAACUAAGGAAGUGAUAUUCAUAAUUGAGGGCUCUGAUUCAGUCGGGGAGGCCAACUUCAAAAAGUCUCUCUUGUUCCUGGAGGAUGUUAUCACUCAGAUGGCAGAGAGGGAGGAGUUCAUCCGCAUCACCGUGAUCCAGUACUCAAUAACCGUGACUGUGGAGAUCCGUCGCUGGGAUCUAAGGUAUCAGAGGAUGCUGCUCCUACAAAGACUCAGGCAGAUUCGGUGGCGUGGUGGAAACAAGACGAACACCGGCACCGCUUUGGCAACAUCCUUUCAAGAAACUGCUUCAGUCCCACCUUCAUCACAUGGCCCUACACCUCCCCAGUUGGUCUUCCUCGUGACGGAGAACCCACCCACGGACACCGUUACUCGCCCACCAUCUACAAGCACCCAAAGGCACGUGUAUCCAAUCGGUGUUGGACCUAAAGUGCGAGAGUUUGACUUAUUCCAGAUCAGCUCGCCGCAGAGGCCAAUAAUGGUGGAAGACUACAACCAUCUCACAAGAAUUAUCCACCGUGUUGUCAACAUCACACACAACACAGUCACACCACACUUCCCGACACUGCCACCCGUGGCUCAACCCACACUCCCCAGCGUGUCUCCAACUAAGGAAGUGAUAUUCAUAAUUGAGGGCUCUGAUUCAGUCGGGGAGGCCAACUUCAAAAAGUCUCUCUUGUUCCUGGAGGAUGUUAUCACUCAGAUGGCAGAGAGGGAGGAGUUCAUCCGCAUCACCGUGAUCCAGUACUCAAUAACCGUGACUGUGGAGAUCCGUCGCUGGGAUCUAAGGUAUCAGAGGAUGCUGCUCCUACAAAGACUCAGGCAGAUUCGGUGGCGUGGUGGAAACAAGACGAACACCGGCACCGCUUUGGCAACAUCCUUUCAAGAAACUGCUUCAGUCCCACCUUCAUCACAUGGCCCUACACCUCCCCAGUUGGUCUUCCUCGUGACGGAGAACCCACCCACGGACACCGUUACUCGCCCACCAUCUACAAGCACCCAAAGGCACGUGUAUCCAAUCGGUGUUGGACCUAAAGUGCGAGAGUUUGACUUAUUCCAGAUCAGCUCGCCGCAGAGGCCAAUAAUGGUGGAAGACUACAACCAUCUCACAAGAAUUAUCCACCGUGUUGUCAACAUCACACACAACACAGUCACACCACACUUCCCGACACUGCCACCCGUGGCUCAACCCACACUCCCCAGCGUGUCUCCAACUAAGGAAGUGAUAUUCAUAAUUGAGGGCUCUGAUUCAGUCGGGGAGGCCAACUUCAAAAAGUCUCUCUUGUUCCUGGAGGAUGUUAUCACUCAGAUGGCAGAGAGGGAGGAGUUCAUCCGCAUCACCGUGAUCCAGUACUCAAUAACCGUGACUGUGGAGAUCCGUCGCUGGGAUCUAAGGUAUCAGAGGAUGCUGCUCCUACAAAGACUUAGGCAGAUUCGGUGGCGUGGUGGAAACAAGACGAACACCGGCACCGCUUUGGCAACAACCUUUCAAGAAACUGCUUCAGUCCCACCUUCAUCACAUGGCCCUACACCUCCCCAGUUGGUCUUCCUUGUGACGGAGAACCCACCCACGGACACCGUUACUCGCCCACCAUCUACAAGCACCCAAAGGCACGUGUAUCCAAUCGGAGUUGGACCGAAAGUGCGAGAGUUUGACUUAUUCCAGAUCAGCUCGCCGCAGAGGCCAAUAAUGGUGGAAGACUACAACCAUCUCACAAGAAUUGUCCACCGUGUUGUCAACAUCACACACAACACAGUCACACCACACUUCCCGACACUGCCACCCUUGGCUCAACCCACACUCUCCAGCCUCCCACCGACAGUUCCGUGUAAGACGCCAGUGGAUGUGUUGUUCCUACUGAAGGCCGGGGAGCAGUUUGACGACAUGAAGUCUUUUGUGAAAGCUUUCAUCAAGACAGCUGACACAGGUCUGAAAGGCACUCAGGUGAGUGUGAUCCAAUACGGUGACACCACCACAAUGGAGUUCACCUGGAAAGAGGACCAGAGCAAGUCACACCUCCUUAGCUUGGUGGACGACAUUCCAAAAAGAAGAACUGCUACUCCUGCACUCGGCUCAGUGCUACAAUACGCAGUGCAGGCUGCCAUCAGGGGUGGUAGAGUGGGCGUGGCUAAAGCUGUGGUGAUGAUAGUGACUGACAAGUCGACUGACCAGGUCCGUGAAGCUGCAAAUGAGGCACUGGCUGCAGGUGUGUCAGUGUUUCCCAUCGGCGUAGGUCAAGACUAUGACCAGAAUGAGCUUGUCAUUAUGGGUCACAAACAAGAUAACAGUCUGCACCUGAAAAGUAUGGAUCAGUUACGCAUGUUGCUGACUUUGGACCAAGGUUACACAGAGAGAAUCUGCAGAGCUGGUCCACCAGGAGUGUGUGUUGAUGACAGUGGAAUGGAGAGAAAACCAGGGGAAUCAUGGAUGCUGGAGGAUGGCUGUCAUUCAGUUCUGUGCCAUCCCAGCGGGGCUGUUACCAUGCAGAGCCACAAAGUCAGCUGUGAUAAACUUGAGCCGCCAGCCUGCAGGAGCAACAUGCCACCUGUUAAAGUCCAGGAGGCCUGCAGCUGCCAUUGGGAAUGCCCUUGCAUUUGCAUGGGCAGCUCCACCAAUCACGUGGUGCGAUUUGACAGCUUGCCACUCAGGCUAGAUGCAGAGGGGUUGUGCUCCUACACCCUCCUCACUGUCAGCAGAGGUGUCACUGAAGGUUCAGAGGUCAUACUCCACAAUGGACCUUGUCAGGGCUCUGCACAUUACAACCAAGUCUGUAUGAAAGCCAUCGAGGUGAUGCAUGGCCAACAUAGACUCCUGUUGAAAGAUGAUAUGAUGGCACUGAUUGGCCAGGAUGAACUUUCACUGCCAUGGAGGUAUGCAGGCCUGGAGCUUGUGCGAUACGGAGGAAUGAUGAUGCAACUCAAAUCCGAUCAUGGCUACAUUCUGACAUUCACACCUCAGAGCAAUGAGUUCACCAUCACAUUACUCACCUCCAGCAUCAGGGGCCGCACCGCUGGACUCUGUGGUGCUUGUGGGGACGAGUCCAUCAGCGUUCUUUCUUUGCGUAACGGCAGCUCGACUGCGGAUCAGCAGACUUUCGUCUCUGACUGGACCAUGGCAGGAGACGGGGCUGUGUGCUUGCCGAAACGUAAGGCGGUGUGUGCAACUGGAGCAGCAAUGGGAUGCCAGGCCCUGCGCUCUGAGGUGUUUCAGCCGUGUCACGCACACAUACCUGUUCUGGUGUUUCUCGCCAAAUGUGAGGAGCAGGCGUGCGAAGAGUCGGACGUGUGCGAGCUCAUUUCUGCCUAUGCGCUCAUGUGUAGACAGAUGGGUGUGUGCUUAGACUGGAGAAGCCCCCACCUCUGCCCAUUACACUGCCCUGCCUCCAUGGAGUAUGACGCAUGUCGCACAGGGUGUAUCGAGGACUGUGAAAGCAUGCAGACAUUACGGGGUGACUGGUCGGUUGCCAGGGGUAACCAGUCAUCUUGUACAGACACACCUUCUGAGGGUUGUUUCUGUACUAGAGGGACAGUUUUGCAUCAGGGAGCAUGUGUGUCUCCAGAGGCAUGCAAGCAGUGUGUCGACCAUCACGGACGCGCGUAUCAGUACCUGCAGAGUUGGGUACCGGAUGACAACCCAUGUUUGAUUUGCAUGUGUUUGGACCGACAACACGUCAACUGCACUGCUCGACCCUGCAAUGAUGUGAAAGCACCAAUCUGUGGACCCUGUGAGGUUCUAAAGGAAAAAAGAGACUCCAAGUGCUGCCCAGAGUAUGAAUGUGUGUGUGAUCUGUUGAGCUGUGAGGUGCCUGAAGCUCCCCGCUGUGAGGAUGGUGAGGUGGUGGUUUUGAAAAACCCAGGAGAAUGUCAACCCAUACAUGAGUGCGUUUGCAAAAAGGAAGACUGCGCUCCUCUUUUCCCCCCUGAAUGCGGGGCACAUCGACAGCCAACAGUGAAAAAGACAAAGUGCUGUGAUGUGUUUGAGUGUUCAUGUAACUGCCACAACUCUACCCGCACUUGCUCUCCUGGCUUCAUCACAGCCUCCACGACGAACGACUGUGGCUGCACCGAGACAAGCUGCCUACCAGACAAAGUGUGUGUGGUUGGCGGUGUGGUCCAUCCAGUGGGGAGCAAGUGGGAUGAGGGAUGCGAGAAGUGCAGUUGCAGUCAUCUGCAGGACACGGACACAUCGCUGCACACUGCUCACUGCUCUCCACCAGUGUGCGAACACAACUGCCCUAUGGGCUCCACAUACACUCCGGCCAGUGGAAAAUGCUGCGGGGAGUGUAGACCCACUAACUGUGUAGAGUCAGAGGGAGUGAUGCGAGGGGACACACUGAUUGGAGGAAAGCUCAGAAAUGUGGGGGAGCAAUGGCAGUCUCCAUAUGAUAAAUGUGUGUUGCAACAGUGUGUCAGGGUGAAAGAUGAGUUGUUCAUCUCUUCAACAAACAUCAGCUGCUCUGUUAUGAACACUCCCUCCUGCCCGCUGGGCUCAGAGUUGCGUUGCGACACGCACGAUUGCUGCCCACGCUGCCACUGUGCGCCUCUAGAUGCCUGCGUCCUCAACAACACUCUUAUUGGUGCAGGGGAGAAGCUGAUGGUGGAUACCUGCACGCACUGUGAAUGCAUGGUGGAGGAUGGUGCCAUCAAGAAGUACAGGCUAUCCUGCAGGAGAACCCCCUGUACUGCUUGUCCCUUGGGCUACAUUGAGCAGAAAGAAGAAGGUGCUUGCUGUGGUCGCUGUGUUGCCACUACCUGCUUUGUAGGCAUGCCAGAUGGACAGCAGAUGAGUUUGCAGGUGAAUACCACGAGAGACGAUGGCUGCAACCAGUACACUUGUGGUGUGAACAAUAAAGGAGAUCUAGCCCUGCAGAUCCGAACGACUACCUGCGCUCCUUUUAACCGCCAAGAAUGCCUUGAACAUGGGGGCACUAUUAGCCAGAUUGGAACAACAUGCUGUGAGAUGUGUACUGAGUCAGCGUGUCGCAGGACAGCGGGAACAUUGAACUAUGUCAAAGUGGAAGAUUGCCAAUCAGAGCAGCAGAUUGAAUUGCACUAUUGUGAGGGUAAAUGUCGCAGUAAGUCCAUGUACUCCCUGCAGAGCGCUGCUGUCGAGCAGGAGUGUGUGUGUUGCGUUGCCACGGGGACAGAGCCCUUAAGUGUUCCUAUUCUGUGUACCAACGGGACCCGCAGUCACCACACUGUCCUGUCAGUCACUGCCUGCGACUGUCAGUUUAAACACUGCACCUAGAAGGGAAAGUGAACUUUUAAACAUAUAUUUUUUGUUGAAUUCCAUGUUUGUAUCCAAGGCAAAUGUACCCAUGUUACAAUACUAUAUAACAAGCCAGUUUUCCAGUCAGUGAGACUUUUGAGUUUGCAUUACUCGACUCCGAUGUAACUGUCUUGUGUCAUGGGUAUAAAAGCAACACUUGUGAUCUAUCCAUUCCUGAACAAGGCACCCAACGACAAAUCACGUACCUACUCCUCCAGUUUGACACUAUUGGUGGGUGU